AUGGGAAUGGAGUUGGCGAAUCUACCUGCUGCAACACCAUUGUCCCUGCUGCCACACCAUUGUCCCUGCUGCCACACCAUUGUCCCUGCUGCAACACCAUUGUCCCUGCUGCCACACCAUUGUCCCUGCUGCCACACCAUUGUCCCUGCUGCCACACCAUUGUCCCUGCUGCAACACCAUUGUCCCUGCUGCCACACCAUUGUCCCUGCUGCCACACCAUUGUCCCUGCUGCCACACCAUUGUCCCUGCUGCCACACCAUUGUCCCUGCUGCCACACCAUUGUCCCUGCUGCCACACCAUUGUCCCUGCUGCCACACCAUUGUCCCUGCUGCCACACCAUUGUCCCUGCUGCCACACCAUUGUCCCUGCUGCCACACCAUUGUCCCUGCUGCCACACCAUUGUCCCUGCUGCCACACCAUUGUCCCUCCCUGCAGUUAUCUCCGCUCGUCAAUCCCGCCUCGCCAGCGUGUGCGGCCAGUGAGUCCCACCGUCACAUCUUUGCACGCACCAACGCACUGCACUCUGCGCGCUUCCACUUUCCCUCCCACUGCCAUUCCCUCCCACUGCUCACUUCCCUGCUCUGCCCUUCCCUGCUCUGCCCUUCCCUGCUCUGCCCUUCCCUGCUCUGCCCUUCCCUGCUCUGCCCUUCCCUGCUCUGCCCUUCCCUGCUCUGCCCUUCCCUGCUCUGCCCUUCCCUGCUCUGCCCUUCCCUGCUCUGCCCUUCCCUGCUCUGCCCUUCCCUGUUCUGCCCUUCCCUGCUCUGCCCUUCCCUGCUCUGCCCUUCCCUGCUCUGCCCUUUCCCUGCGCUGCCCUUUCCGUCAUUGCUGCAACGCUCUCUUGAUGCAAUGAAGUUCCACUGGCGCUCUUGUGUCCCACCCGUCACCAUUCUCGCGCCCCUGUCCCUCCUCUCUGCUCCUCCUCAGAUGCAGCUUGGCACAAGCAAGACUGAGCAGCGGGAUUCGCUGUUGUCUCAGCAAGUGGCUCAAUGA